AUGCUUUCGGAAACAGACUCUACUAGUUCUGACGAAGAUCUUGGGAGAGAAAUUUCUGUCACUUUCUUUCCAGCUCUUUUCCUCCAACGAAGGAUAUGGGUUCUCGAUAUUUUGAGAAGGGAAAAUGUGUCUGAUGUGCUCGAUAUUGGUUGUGGUGAAGGCCAACUCCUCUCUGUUCUCAGUGUACCCUCGCCAUGGCUUCCUGCCCCCCCGCAAUUCAUGCUAUAUCCCAACAGCCAACCUAAAGAACCGAUCGCAUCGCCUCUAAAUCUAUACAACACUUCUUCUGACCCAAUUCCGAAUUUACAUAUAACCCGGCUAGUCGGACUCGAUAUAUCCAGUCGGGAUCUAGAGUUCGCUGCACAGGCCAUCGCACCGCCCGCGAAUGCAGAAAAUACAGAGGAUUCUUCAAUAGAUCCUUGGAGAUAUCGAGGGAGCAAGGAUACUGUGCGUUGGGAGGAGAUGACGGCAAAACUCUGGGAAGGAGGUCUCGAAACAAUAAACGAAGAAUUUGUUGGUACGGAAUGCAUCGUUAGCAGUGAAGUAAUCGAACACCUUUCACCUACCAUCCUACCUUUUUUCGCCCCAAUCCUUCUCGGUGUCUACAAACCCAAAUUCCUACUCAUCACAACACCAUCAUAUACCUUCAACGCCUUAUUCACUUCUCCCAACUCUCACCCAUCUGUCCGUCUUCGCACAGGCUACUCCGAUCCCACUUGCAGAACUGACAGAAUUUUCCGACACGAUGACCACAAAUUUGAAUGGACUCCAGAGGAAUUCCAUGAAUACUGCAAGAAGGAGGCGGUAGAAUGGGGGUAUACUGUCGACGUCAGUGAUAUCGGCCGGGCGCAGGAUGCAGAUGAGUGGGGAAGAGAUACAGAGGUGGGUGGGGCGUCAUUGGUGGCGAUAUUUACGAGAAACGAUGUUGUGGAUCGAGAUGCGAUUGAGGAAAAGGCUAGAGCGGUCGUUCAAGGGAUGUUGCCCCAGCUACAGCAAUCAUCUCCAUCGCCGUUAACGACUCCUCCUCAGUCGCCUAAACUCUUCUCUCCUAUCGCUCACCGCCUUCUAACGACCUUCAUCCACCCAGCACAUGCAUCCGCCUAUCAACCUCUCCCCCUUCACUCAAUCGGCGAUAUCGUGAAAUCCCGUAUGGAAGACCUUCGUGAAUCAUUCCUUCGAGUUGAGGAACUCUGGUACGAGCCAGAGGUCGCCCAAGCUUGUGGAGGUUGGAUCGAGCUAUUGAUCGCAGCUGUAGAACAG